CUUCACUUUAAUGUUUACCCCGUAGCUUCACUUUAAUGUUUACCCCGAGAUAACUAGCCAGAUAAAACGCCCAAGUUUGUCAUCUUUACAUUUAUAUAAAACACAAUAUAAAGCCCAUUUGGGAGCGGGUUUACGAACCGUGGACCUCUUCUACACGUGCGACGCUUAAGAAUGAAGUGCUUUUUUUAUUAUUCUAGCUAAUAUGGCUAGUGCACUAAGUUCACGUUGAGUCCCACGUGGGUUUGAUAUUAUCCCCCUGGCAGACAGCAAUGGAGGAAUCGCCACUCAUAGGAAUAUGUGACGCUGCUAUUGAUAAGAAGAAAGACACGCAUUAUUACACAAAUAAAAUCGGAGGAUGUCCGGACCUGAUACCAGGUGUAUCUACUCCACAUAGCCAGUGCACUCUUUGUGGUGGGCUCCUCAGUCACAUUGUUCAAAUAUACUGCCCCCUUGCGGCAUCUCCAUAUCAUCGCACCAUUAAUGUGUUUGCCUGCAGUGCUCCACAGUGUCAUGGCAAGCUGGAAAGCUGGAAAGUGCUCCGUUCACAGUGUAUGGAGUCUGAGAUAAGUGAACCUUCAGCGUGUCAGAGCUCUGAUAAAACACCAGUUUCCAGUACAGACUGGUGUGACGAUGCAGAUGACUGGGGAAUGGACUCUGAGGAGAAUGUGUACAAUGAACAGACUUGUACAGCUCAGCCUGAGACAGAUGACCUUACAGCAAGCCUGGAGGUCAGCAGCAGACUUCAAGACCUCUGUAUAAAUGUUGAAUCUGCUGGACAACCUACAGAUAUUCCCACCUUUCAGUCCUUCUACAUCAGUGUGGUGGAGGAGACGGACCUUGUGGGGCAAAAUGACCUGGAGCAUGCCAACAGACUGCUGAAGGAGUAUCAGGAGAGGGAGGGCGUGGCCAUCAGGGAGAUUGCACGCUGUGAAGGUGAAGGAGGGGAGGAGGCGUAUGAAAAAGCCAAAGCCAAACAUGGAGAUGCAGUCUUCUCCAGUUUCAUGAAGAGAAUCUCCCUCUGUCCAGAACAAGUGCUUCGAUACAGUUGGAGUGGGACGCCAUUAUUUAUAAUGGAGCCACCUUCAAACAUUAAUCAGACCGUGCCUCCUUGUGCACACUGUGGCAGUCCUAGAGUUUUUGAAUUCCAGUUAAUGCCAGCACUGGUCAGUUUGCUCCGCAGUGCACAUCUAACUUCAGAGCUUGCAGUUGAGUUCGGAACUGUUUUGAUUUAUACCUGCAGAGACAGUUGUUGGACAUCUGGAUCAAGAAGUCCUAUUGAGGAAUUCCACUUUGUACAAACUGAUCCUGACCAAAAGCUCUUUAAAUGAUAGUCGUAGUUUAAAGACAAUAAAGCAUAAUUUAACACACUGUUGUACUUUUUUUAUUUAUAAUAAUAUUUUUAUAUAAAAAUGUUUAUUGUCAUGAGUAUAUUCACUCCUUGGGGGGGCAAGCCCAAAAUGCUAUAAAAAUUAAGCUUUUAAUGGUCUUAACAACAAAUCAUUGGUCACAGAAUGAGCAAGAAUUAAACAAAUGCAUUCCUGAGACUUCCUGUGCCACCAUUUGCUCGUUUACUUUGCUGCUGUGAAGUGUUCGGGGGGAAAGCUAGAAACGGGGAAAUUCACUUAUAGUCUUCUUGUACGCAAAGGUAAAAUCAUGAUAAUGAUCAAAAUGUUUGAUGUAAAAUUCAAAUUAACAAACAUCUGGGUGUACAAAAUUAAAAGAAAAUAAAAAUAAAUAAAUAAUAAUAAAGUAAAAAGCUGUCUGCAAGUUGAACCAUUUAAAGAAAUGAAAGGAAAAGCUAUCCCAUACUAAGUUACUUUAUCUAUUUGUUUAAUUCUAGAUAAUUUCCUGAUCAAUGAUUUGUUGUUAAGACCAUUAAAUGCUUAAUAUUUUGCCAUUUUGGGCAAAAAGUGGAUAUGAAAGGAAUGAGUGUAAACAGUUUAGGACAUCAUGGUGUAACAUGGAAUAAUGAGCUGGGAAAUUACAAUGUAUGCAGUCGAUUCAAAGUGAUAUAAUACAAUAUGUAUGUGUAUAGUGAGGUACAAAAUACAGUCAAAAAAGUCCAUCAGUAAUACAAUAUAGUGCAAGAAGUCUUGUAUCGUCCUGAAAUUGGAA